UCCAAGUUUUGGGAGGUGAUCAGUGAUGAGCAUGGCAUCGAUCCAGCAGGAAGCUACGCCGGUGAUUCAGCCCUGCAGCUUGAGAGGAUCAAUGUGUACUACAAUGAAUCAUCCUCUCAGAAAUAUGUACCAAGAGCCGUGCUUGUUGAUCUUGAACCUGGGACCAUGGACAGUGUACGGUCUGGCCCAUUUGGACAACUUUUCAGACCAGAUAAUUUUAUCUUUGGGCAAACUGGAGCAGGGAAUAAUUGGGCCAAGGGACAUUAUACAGAAGGUGCAGAGCUGGUAGAUUCUGUUCUGGAUAUAGUCAGAAAGGAGUGUGAACAUUGUGACUGUCUGCAAGGCUUCCAGCUUACUCACUCUCUUGGAGGAGGAACAGGUUCUGGAAUGGGGACACUGCUCAUAAGCAAGAUCAGAGAAGAAUAUCCAGAUAGAAUCACCACACCUACCUAUGGAGAUCUCAAUCACCUGGUGUCUGCCACGAUGAGUGGAGUAACCACCUCUCUGCGCUUUCCAGGCCAGCUCAAUGCAGAUCUUCGAAAGCUAGCUGUAAACAUGGUUCCAUUCCCACGUCUUCAUUUCUUUAUGCCUGGCUUUGCACCACUAACUGCCAGACAGAUGUUUGAUGCCAAGAACAUGAUGGCAGCAUGUGACCCACGACAUGGACGCUAUCUAACAGUGGCUACAGUCUUUAGAGUGGCAGUGUGUGACAUACCACCAAGAGGUCUGAAAAUGGCCUCAACAUUUAUUGGGAACAGUACAGCUAUUCAGGAGUUAUUUAAAAGAAUCUCAGAACAGUUUUCUGCAAUGUUUAGAAGAAAGGCUUUUCUGCACUGGUUUACUGGGGAAGGAAUGGAUGAGAUGGAAUUCACAGAAGCAGAGAGCAACAUGAAUGACCUUGUCUCAGAAUACCAACAAUACCAAGAAGCUACUGCAAAUGAUGGGGAGGAAACUUUUGAAGAGGAUGAAGAAAUCAUCCAUGAGUGA